GUGUUUGUGUGUGUGUUUUGUGCAGAUUUUGGAUUCUGGAUGUGGUGUUUGAUGUUUAGUUGACAUUGUUUUUGCAGUGGAUUGAUGAGGGUUUAUUGAUUUGUUAUGAAAUUUGAGCAUGGGUAUCGGAUCCGAAUGUGUUUUUGUAGUUGUAAUAAGUGGCAAGAUGUUAGCUUUAUGUUUGAUAGAUGAAAAAUUCUGAUGUCCCAAUUGACCAUUUAUGAUUAUGUUAUAUUAAAAGAAGGGAGGUGAAAUGAUGUUACACUGGUUUUUAAAGUUUCGGGAUCAUUAAAAAAGUUUCGUUAGCUUGUUAAGGUGCUGUAUCUGUAAAUGGUUAAGGUGUUAUGAGGGAUUAGUAUGUAUGUAACAUGUUUUUCUCUUGAUAAAUGAAGAUAUGAUAAUCGAGGAAAUGGUUUAUUACCUGCUUUCACUCUGGAGUAUCACUGCCAGGAAGGUCUGGUAGCUAGAUUUUUUCAUACCUGUUUCCAGUCCACAUUUGGGGUUUUCAUAAAUUUUCAGAAUACACAUAAAUUUUCUGUGGUGAAGCACUAAAACCUUGAACAUGAUGAAAAGCCUUGAUGUUCUUAGUAUAGGGAAUACACUGUCUGUGAGCCUUAUAAAUAAGAACUAUCAGGGUAAAUGAUGCUACAUCUCUUCCUUUUUCCCGGUGGUGGUUAUGUGAACGUCGUACUCUGGGAUAUAUCAGUAGCUUUUCCUCUACUUUUCAAAUGGGUUAAGUUCUGCACUGUUGCCUUUAAAACAGGUGACUAUAAACAGCAAGCUAUAUUUAUUGGCGGGCUGACAGAUGGAUUUUUGGCUACUGAUUACUUGGAACCUCUUGCUAUUGCUCUUGACAAAGAGAAAUGGUCACUAGUCCAGUUUCUGCUCUCCUCUUCUUACAGUGGAUAUGGCCUCUCAAGUUUAAAAGAAAAUCUGGUUUUGGUAUAUUAGAUGAAGGAUAAGCUACACCAGGUUCAGCUUUAUGAGGAGGGGGAA